AUGGCUGUAGAAACUACUAAAGACUACCAGACUUUUUUCGACCCCAUGGUCUACUUACUUAACUGUUUCGACCAGCCCCAAAAAGACGCAUUCGUUCUCCGUAGACUCACUGAUUUCUGGAUACAGAUUGCAAAGGAUGGCAGAAAGUUCACAAAUAUGCUCGAAUAUGGUACUGGACCGGUCGUGUCGAGAUUAAUCAAUGCAGCUAAACAUGUUCAAAGUAUCAUAGCUGCUGAAUAUCUACCAGCAAAUCGACAGGCCAUGGAAGACUGGAUCAAUCAAGACCCAAAAGCAUUCAACUGGAGACCGACUUUUGAAUACGUGGUGCAGAAGCUGGAAGGCAUGACACCAGAUGAAGUUGAGAAACGUGAAGCAGAGGUCCGAGAGAAGAUCAAAGCAGUUGUACAUUGCGAUGUUAAAGCAGAAAAUCAUCUAGAAAUUCCAAGUGAAAUCUCUGCCAAGUACGGCCCGCCAUUUGACAUCGUUAUGACCUGUUUUUGCAUUGAAGCUGCAGUCGAAAGCGAGAAAGAAUAUAGAAAUCAAAUAGCAUAUCUUGCUGGACUACUUCGCCCAGGUGGUUAUCUAGUCAUGCAUGGAGUAGUGAAAGAAAGAUUCUACAAGGUCGGAGAUAAGCUGUUUUAUUCUUUUCCUUUGAUGAAAGAAUGGAUAUUGGAGAGUAUGAAGGAUGCCGGUCUUAAAAACAUUAAUUUUGAUUUAUUUUCUUCCAACUUUUCUCGUGAAGAAUUUUCUAGUGUUUAUCCAAUAGAAGACCUGAAAUCUGGACUGAAGGAUCACUAUUCCGUGUAUGGACAACUAUGUUAA